AUGCAUUGCUUGCGAUGGUGGUUACCAUUGUUUUUGCUGCCUUUACCAGCAGUAUCGCCAGUGAUGAUGAUCUUGUUCGUGACCACAUAUGCAAUUCGAACGAAACCAUGUGCAUAUUGUGCGGUGAUCAUACUUGGGUUGAUGUUUAGCACUUGU